GAGGAUGUGUGGCUACAGACAGACAGCAGACAGUCAACAGACAGGUUACAGACGUCAGGACACGAGUCAGCUCCUCCCUCUGUGUCACUUCUGCUUUGACUUGUUGUUUAACGGACAGAAACUGUGAGACACAAAGACGAAGAGACAACGACUGUCACUAGAUGACAUCACUGAUGAAAACAAUCUGAUCACAUGACCUCCAUAGAUGACAUCAUGGCCGCACUAACCACCGAGGACCCAUUCUUGUUCAGUCUCUCCCCCACCACUGAGGAUGACUAUGACUAUCCUGACCUACUGUGUGACCGGGAGUCUGUGCGGAUGUUCAGGAGCUACUACGAGCCGCCGCUCUUUUGGAUGAUCACCCUGGUGGGCGGAGCCGGGAACGUGGCCGUAGUUUGGAUCUACCUGAACUUCCGGAAGCGCCUGAAGACCAUGACGGACGUGUACCUGCUAAACCUGGCAGUGGCUGAUCUGCUGUUCCUUGUCGCGUUGCCACUGUGGGCAGCCGAGGCGUCACAUGGUUGGCACUUCAGCUCCGCCCUCUGCAAGGUGAACUCCGCCCUCUACAAGGUGAACCUGUUCAGCAGCAUGCUGCUGCUCACCUGCAUCAGUGUGGAUCGCUACGUGGUCAUUGUGCAGGCCACCAAGGCUCAGAACUCACAGGUGGAGCGCCGCCGCUGCAGCAAGCUGGUGUGCCUGGGUGUGUGGCUGCUGGCCCUGCUGCUCGCCACGCCUGAGCUUGUGUUCGCUACUGUCGCCAAGAUGGACUCCCAGCCAUACUGCAGGAUGGUCUACCCACCUGAACUGGGCAACCACACCAAGAUCCUGGUGCUGUCGCUGCAGGUGAGCAUGGGCUUCUGCCUGCCCUUCAUCGUCAUGGCCUUCUGUUACAGUGUCAUCGUUGCCAAGUUGCUCAAGACCCGAAACUUCCAGAAGCACAAGGCCAUGCGUGUCAUCCUGGUUGUGGUGGUGGUGUUUGUCGUGUCCCAGCUUCCCUACAACGGUGUGCUGGUGAUGGAGGCGGUUCAGGCCUCCAACCUUACCAUGACGGACUGCGAGGAGGUGAAACGCUUCGACAAGACUGGCCAGGUGCUGAAGAGUCUGGCCUACAUGCACGCUUGCCUCAACCCCUUCCUCUACGCCUUUGUGGGCCAGCGAUUUCGCCGUGAUGUGCAGCUGCUGCUGCGCCCCUGCUGCCGCCCGCCGGCCAGUAAGAAUCAGCUGAACAAAUCCUGCAGGAGUCCACUGAGCUCCACCAGAGCCUCUGUGAUGUCCGACAGCGACACAUCACAGGCGCUCUCGCUGUAGAGACUAUGCCAACAGCAACUUCCUGUUCGAACUGCGACAGGCCUUCAACUGUGAUCUCAACAGAUGACAUCAUCAGUCCCUCACAAAGCUGUUCCUGAGUGGCUUUUCAAAUUAAGGUGUUUUUAAGGAAUAUGCUGGAAACAAAGACACCGAUUUCAGAUGUUUGUGUUUUUCAGGGAAGUUUGAAUGUAUUUUUGUGUCAGUGAAGCAGAUUUUCAGUUGAAAUGUGACAAAUUCAAACAUAAAAACAGCCAAAAUGAAAUCAAUAUUUCACACCUUGAACAUCGUCUUUUUCCAGGACUCUCGGGAUUUUGAUCCCAGGACUUGCCUGCAUAUUGAAUGUGAAUCUCAUUUACCAACAAACUGAUUUUUAGCUGCUCUUACUGGAGUUUGGUCAUGUGUCCUCUGUUUUCUACAGACGUUCACGGUGUUACAUCAUCCUACAGGAAACACAUCACAUGUAACUUUGAGUCAGAACGUCUGCUGACAGCAAUGUGAUCCUGCUCAGUCUGCUGCUUGUUUACAUUCAUUUACUCACCCAAGAAACUUAGCAGUGCUGCUAACAGAUGCUAACCUGAGCUCUCUGUGUGGAUUUCUCCCUUCACGUGUUCUCUGUCAGUGUGUUUUCAGUGUCACGUGACCCUCAUUAAAGUGUAUGUAAAGCGUG